ACGGCAGCACUGGUGCCCUGGGUGCCCUGACCUGCCCGCCCUAUGGUUUUGCUUUCUGUCGGUGAUGCUUACUCGCGGUCCCGAUGCAGACAGACUGCAUCUCUCUCAUAAAAUGAAGGAAGCAGGAUCUCUGAGCAGGCGGCGGGAGAAGCUUUUAUUCCUUUCGGAGUUGAGCAUGGAGGGAGGUAAAAUAGCUACCUGAACAUGGAAAAAAACAACAAGUAGUUCUCGUUUGACAGAGAGACACGCAGAUCGGCUGAGAUUCCGGCAUCCGCUGUGAAGCAAACGGAGCCUGAUGUAGGAAGAGGAGCCACUUUCUCGCCUCUUGCUAAGGCGGAAACUAGUCUCCCGCGGAGCUGCACGCCGCCCUUGCCCGCCUGCCCAGCGCCCCGGCGGGGCCGGCGCCCGCCUCCCGCCGCCGACCCCCUCCCUCACCGCCUGCCUCCCUCCCCCGCCGCCAUCUCCCGCGCCCUCCCCAGUCAUGUCCGACCCGGAGCGAUGGGGAAGCUCGAGGACAACGAGAGGGUGAUCCUCAACGUGGGGGGCACGCGGCACGAGACCUACCGCAGCACCCUGAAGACCCUGCCGGGCACCCGCCUGGCCCUGCUCGCCUGCGAGCCCCAGGGCGAGUCCCCGGGCGGCGAGGAGCCGCCGCCGCCGCCCCCCAACCCGCCGCCGCUGGCGGGCGGCUGCCCCGAGUCCGGCAGCAGCUGCAGCCCCCGGAGCAGCGGCGGCGCCAGCGAGUUCUUCUUCGACCGGCACCCGGGGGUCUUCGCCUAUGUGCUCAACUACUACCGCACCGGCAAGCUGCACUGCCCCGCCGACGUCUGCGGGCCGCUCUUCGAGGAGGAGCUGGCCUUCUGGGGCAUCGACGAGACCGACGUGGAGCCCUGCUGCUGGAUGACCUACCGCCAGCACCGCGACGCCGAGGAGGCGCUCGACAUCUUCGAGGCGCCCGACCUGCUCACGGGAGAGCCGCCCCCCGACGGCGGCGGCGGCGACGACGACGACCUGGCCGCCAAGAGGCUGGGCAUCGAGGACGUGGGGGCGGCCGCCGGCGCCGCCGACGGCAAGGGCGGCCGCUGGCGGCGGCUGCAGCCCCGCGUCUGGGCGCUCUUCGAGGACCCCUACUCCUCGCGGGCCGCCAGGUUUAUUGCUUUUGCUUCUUUAUUCUUCAUCCUGGUUUCGAUCACAACCUUUUGCCUGGAAACACAUGAGGCUUUCAAUACUAUUAUAAACAAAACUGAGCAGGUUGUCAACGGGACAGAAGCUGUUCUGCAGUAUGAAAUUGAGACAGAUCCUGCUCUGACGUACGUAGAAGGAGUCUGCGUGGUGUGGUUUACAUUUGAAUUUUUAGUCCGUGUUGUUUUUUCCCCAAACAAACUUGAAUUCAUCAAAAACCUGUUGAAUAUCAUUGACUUUGUGGCCAUCCUGCCCUUUUACCUAGAAGUGGGCCUGAGUGGGCUCUCCUCCAAAGCUGCUAAGGAUGUGCUUGGUUUCCUCAGGGUGGUAAGGUUUGUGAGGAUCCUGCGAAUCUUCAAGCUCACCCGGCACUUUGUGGGCCUCAGGGUGCUGGGCCACACUCUGCGAGCCAGCACCAACGAGUUUUUGCUGCUGAUAAUAUUCCUGGCGCUAGGUGUUUUGAUAUUUGCCACCAUGAUCUACUACGCAGAACGAGUGGGAGCCCAGCCCAACGACCCAUCAGCGAGCGAGCACACGCAGUUCAAAAAUAUCCCUAUUGGCUUCUGGUGGGCUGUUGUCACCAUGACAACCCUCGGGUACGGGGAUAUGUAUCCGCGGACUUGGUCAGGCAUGCUGGUGGGGGCCUUGUGUGCUUUGGCCGGGGUGCUGACCAUAGCCAUGCCCGUGCCUGUCAUCGUUAACAAUUUUGGAAUGUACUACUCCCUGGCAAUGGCAAAGCAGAAGCUGCCGAGGAAGCGGAAGAAGCACAUCCCUCCUGCCCCUCAAGCCAGCUCCCCUACGUUCUGCAAGACGGACUUGAACAUGGCCUGCAACAGCACACAGGGGGACAUCUGCCUGGGCAAGGACAACCAGCUGAUGGAACGCAACAGAUCAUCAGUGUUAUCAGGUGAAGACAGUGCAGGAAGUGAGCAGCCACUCUCACCUGGUGAAAGGCUCCCUCCCAUCAGACGCUCUAGCACCAGAGACAAAAACAGAAGAGGGGGAACAUGUUUCCUACUGACAACAGGUGAUUACACGUGUGCUACUGAUGGAGGGAUCAGGAAAGGCUACGAAAAAUCUCGAAGCUUAAACAACAUAGCUGGCUUGGCAGGCAAUGCUCUGCGACUGUCUCCAGUAACAUCACCCUACAGCUCACCUUGUCCUCUAAGGCGCUCUCGGUCUCCUAUCCCUUCUAUCUUGUAAACCAGAUGGCGUCAAUCGGCUACAUAGUAUUAAUUCAAAUACUGUUUACGCAUAAUGGAAAUAAAUGUAGCAUUAAAUGUAGGCUCCACAAAUAUGGUAUAACUCCUGCAUGAUAUAACUGUCAGUAAUAAGAAAUGCCACUUGGGUAGCUGAAGAUUUUUAUCUCGGCUUUUAAAAAUUACCUGAGGUAGUGCUUCUCCUUUUAUCUACUAUAUUGUCCUACUUUCCUGUGGCAAUAAAAGGACAGUUAGUGGAUGCCAUUGGCCAGUAUAUUCAAUAAAUAAGCAUAUUUUCAGGGAGAUAUAUUUUAAAUAAUGUGCUUCCAACUAAUUAUCAAUCACUCCAUUGAACCAACUUUCAUUUCUUGUGACUCUACUCCAUUCUGAAGAUGUCUGGAAUCGUGUCUUGGUUGCACACAAUGUGACUCGGGUCUGCUCAUUUGCAUGGACCAUCCUGUCUCCAUCACCUGACAAGCCGUGUUGCCGAUUACGGAGACCACAGAUGGCUCUGGAUGUGUGUUCUUGCAUUGUACCAUCCUGCUGAAAUGAAAGCACUGAUAAACUGGUCUGCAUGUGGGAUUGUUUUUCUUCGUUUAACCUUUUCCUUUAUUUUUUAACAAACUACUUGUUUAUAAAUGGCUUUAUUUCUUGAUUAACUUACUUUGGUACUAGAUUGCUGUAUCAGAGUUCUGAAUGUCUCCGGUUGUUUGCACACAGAUAACUGCAAAGAGGUUGUCAUUACUGGUUACACGCAAGCAGAAGCCAGAUCUCUUUCUUAAUGGCUUGGGGAAGGCACAAAACAUGCAAGAAAGGUAAACGCCAUCCAGGCUUGCAAUUUUAAGCUAGCAAGUGCUGCUUGGUACUGUAGUCAUUUCUCUACUCCAGGGUUCUUCAACAUUUUCAGAGGCUGAGUACCAAGUAAAUGAAGAUUAUUGGGUUAUUUUUGUACAACUGCAGGAGGGUAAUAGUUCUCAAGUGGGGCUUUUGACCAGCCUUAUACCUCUGGCUCAUGAGCUUCAAAAAUUUCUUCAGUCAAUGUUUUUUGAGGUGCUUUGUCCUAUAUGUUGUUUGUCUGUCUGUUUUGCAGCCUGUCUACUGUACUCUCCAUCUGUCUCCAUAAAGCACUGAGAUACUGUUAAAAUAUCCCCCUCUUUUAAGAUUAACUAAGGACAUUUUUCUCCUUUUCUCUUUUUUCAUGUGGACUAUACAUAUAUGUAUAGAUACAUAUAUAUAUAUAUUUCAAGUGCAAGUUAGUAUCAUUUUGACUAACUCAUGUGGGCACUAUGAAGAUUUUUUGAGUGGAAUUUAGUAACAAUUUUAUAGUUCUGACCAGUUGCCUAUUGCAUGACCAUCAAUCCUGCUUCCUAGCAACCAACAUUUUGAAACUCGAUCUCCUCUAGUGGCUUUUUCUUUCAAUCUUAACCUAUGUUUAUGCAAUAGGACAAACACAAUAGUGGAUUUGAUAUUCUGGGCUGGUGAGCAAAAAUUACCAUAAAACACAGAGUUUUAGAACUACAUGGGGAAGACCAUAACUCACCAAAUCUUAAGAUAUCCUUGAGAUUGUUGAAUAAUCCCUGAUUGUCAUGUUUUAAUUUUUGUUAGGAAAGGAAAUGUAACUUAUUGUUGACCAUGUAACAUGUUCUCCUGUAUACAGCCUAGCCCAAGAGCAUGACAUGCAUGUCAGAAUUCUUGUAUAAUAAUGUAUUUAUCAAAGUAUACAUUUCUGAUAUUUAGAGAUGUACAUUUGUUUAGUUUUGGUAAAAUAUUGUCAAUAGAGAGAUAAUUGCAAACAGCUUUUAGCAAAGGAAUUAAUAUAAUAUCUGGUGCUGCUGUUAUAUUAACUACAGUGUUGUACAGAAUUUAUCAUGGAUUUUUGACUGCUGAAAAAGGGACAAUGGAAUUUAGCCAUACCAAGGACUGUACUGGAAAGAGACUGCU